AUGGCUUCUCCUACUCCCAGCACCAAUUCUCCAACUUCUUGCAGCGGCAUAAACGCGGCAGGACCUCUGCUCCCACAUCACCAAAUGCAGAGUCAACACAUAACGACUAUGAGCGGCAUACAGGAGUCCAACUCAUGCUGGAGGUGUCAGAACGAAACAGGGUUUCAGAUAAAUCUGUCUGGUGUGCCCCAAAGUAAACGCAAAGCACUGAAAUUAAACUUUGCUAAUCCUCCAAUUAAACCAAAUGCGAGACUCCCCAUCGCUUCAGGCACUCCUUCGUUCCAGAACCCUCACAUAGAGAGACUGCGCACCCACAGUAUCGAGUCGUCUGGGAAACUGAAGAUUUCUCCUGAGCAGCACUGGGAUUUCACUGCUGAAGACCUGAAGGACCUUGGGGAAAUUGGCAGAGGAGCCUAUGGCUCUGUCAACAAAAUGGUUCAUAAGCCUAGUGGUCAGAUUAUGGCUGUCAAGAGGAUUCGGUCCACUGUUGAUGAGAAAGAACAGAAGCAGUUGCUCAUGGACUUAGAUGUAGUAAUGAGGAGUAGUGACUGUCCCUAUAUCGUCCAGUUUUAUGGGGCACUGUUCAGAGAGGGUGACUGUUGGAUAUGUAUGGAACUCAUGUCUACCUCGUUUGACAAAUUCUACAAAUAUGUAUAUUGCUCAUUAGAUGAUGUCAUUCCAGAGGAAAUAUUAGGCAAAAUUACGUUAGCGACUGUGAAAGCACUGAAUCACUUGAAAGAAAACUUGAAAAUAAUCCACAGAGACAUCAAACCCUCCAACAUUCUCCUGGAUAGAAAUGGCAACAUAAAGCUCUGUGACUUUGGCAUCAGCGGACAGCUGGUUGACUCCAUAGCCAAGACUAGAGAUGCUGGAUGCAGACCUUACAUGGCUCCUGAAAGAAUAGAUCCCAGUGCUUCCAGGCAAGGCUAUGAUGUGCGUUCAGAUGUAUGGAGUUUGGGAAUCACGCUGUAUGAGCUGGCUACAGGACGAUUCCCAUACCCGAAAUGGAACAGUGUGUUUGAUCAGCUGACACAAGUGGUAAAGGGAGAUCCUCCUCAACUUAGCAAUUCAGAGGAAAGACAGUUUUCUCCCAAAUUCAUCAACUUUGUCAAUCUAUGCCUUACAAAGGAUGAGUCAAAAAGGCCAAAGUACAAGGAGCUUCUGAAGCACCCGUUCAUUCUGAUGUAUGAGGAGCGAGUGGUGGAUGUUGCCAGUUAUGUGUGUAAAAUUCUGGAUGAAAUCCCUGCUUCCCCCAGCUCUCCCAUGUACGUUGACUGAUGGCGUGUAUGUUAUCAGAAUGCAAUGUAAUAUGACAACCGUUUGGUGCACAGCAUUGUUCUGUUUCAUGGUUACACACUGCUUUUAAUAUGACACUCAAAAUCCCAAAACAUUUUGUGCAAUAAGGAUGGGCUUUCAUCUUAAAACCGUUAGUAUAUUGGUCUACGAAAACAAGCCAACUCCGUUCACAUUAGAACAUAAUGGUUGUUUUAUCUGAUGUAUCAUAUUUAUUUUAAUGCCAUAUGUAAACUUUAGCUGAGCUUAUUUUAGGAAUUAGGACACAAAACUUGAACUCUUUCAUUCAAGACACGAUUAAUCAAAGCAAAGUUUAUCUUUGUGUUCAUGAGGGGAAAAAAUGAACUAAUGUAUAUAUCUACUUGAAAGUAAUAUAAACCUUACAAAACUUACCAAAACGAAAAUGUCACGUUGAUUCUCAAAUGGAAUGAAAAUAUCAACCAUUUUCUGCAACAUAUAAAAUUUCUAUAGUAGGAUAUGUCAUUUAGGUCAAUAUUUGUACAGAUAAAGCACAUUUUAGUUGUGAUCUCACUUUGCAAGAUGAAUGAGUAUGCAGAAGUAUUGUUCAGCAUCAAAGAAUCUGUUAAAAGGGUGGUUAGAUAAUUUCUUCUAGACCUUUUGCUCCACGUAUUUGGACAUCUGUCGACUGUUUAGGGUGAUUGGAGUGCUUCAUAAUUUAUAAAUUCCAAUAUUUCAGCCUUGUGAUUUCUAUAAUAUAAAGUCCAGGAUGCUGAGUGUGCAUAACUGUGAAUGUGGACAAGAGACAUAAAAUGAUAGAUGCCUUUUGGAACUGGUCCAUUAGACUCAGUAGAUUUCCGAUGAAGUGAAACAUUAAGUCUAGAUUAAAAAAUAUCAAGUUAUCCUUUUAAAGUAGCUUUAUUUUAUGAAUAUGCAAUUUUAACUCACCAAAUUGUAUUCACUACAUUUUAAGAAAAAUCUUUCUGGUGUAGUGAACACUUAGAUAGAGCCUGCAGGACACCUACACGAUUGUAAAUGUGUAUAAAACUUUAUCAACCUCUAAUACACAGAUUUCUCUGCAAAAAUCCUCAUCUUUUUCCAGAAGUUGCUCUGUAUUGCUGCUUCAUAGAGUCUGCCUCUUUUCCUGAAAUUGGCAUGUUAUGAACAGACAAGGCUUGACGUUUUGGCUUGUGAAUGGAAUGUGGUCACUGACCAUAUGUCGUUGUUUGGGUUACUUGUUUUAAAAAGAAACGUACAAAACUUUGCCAAAGCAGCCUUUUAGUAACUGAUUUGAUAUGACAAACGAUAAUAUGCCGCCAUAUAUGAUCGAUUAAAUACACUUGAAAAGGUUUCAUGUUUUGUACCUGACUAUACAAGUGUAAAGACAUUAUAUAGCUGGAAUAAGACUUAACAUUGAGCUAAAAAUGGUUAACUAUUAAUGCUUUGUGUGGGGGUACCAUAAUAAAGAAAUCUUCCCAAUAUUAAAAGCAAUCUUUCAAAAGGUAAAUAGUGUAUGUUACAAAUUAGUAGAAUAUUUAAUAUUAGAAGGGAAAAUAUGGGUGAUAUGUAUUAUUACAUUGUAUCACUAUGAAGAGUGGGUAAUAUGUUAAAAAAAAGUUCACACUGUGAAAAUAUUUUAAGUGUAUGUUGUGAACGCAAAAAUCUGUAAAAAUUGUAAUGGGAAGAUCUGCAGGGAUAUUGCCUUAUGUUUGUUUUUGGAGGAGAUAUUAACCUCUGGUGGGUCUGAGCUAUUUGUCUUAUUCACUUCACAUAUUUAAAUAAUAUCCAUGGAAUCUUAGUGUUCACAUAGUAAUGAUAAGAUCUAAGUAUCUGCCUGCGGGUCAGUUGUGAUAAGGUUAGAAUGUGACUGUGACCUUAUUGUCCUAAUUUUUCUGUAAGAUCUGGAAACACAAAUGGGCUAAAUGCUAGAAUAAAUCCAAUUAAUUAGCCUCUAA